UGUGCAUGUUGCGUUUGUUUAUCUGGGUAGCAAACUGAGAUAGACUCAGAGCACACAGAUGACUGAUAGCAAGUGGACGGAUUUGUCUUUUUGCUUUCUGUAAGUUGAGGAAUUCACAGACUUGGAACUGGACUUCUACUAUUUUAUAACAGGACUUCAGCCUUUGUGGCUUCAGACCAGAAACCCUGAAAUAACCCAAGCAGAAGAAAAGACCAAGUUGUGCUGUUCAGAACAGCUUUUGCAGUUCAUCCAUCUUUCCAGUACACCACAGACACCUCUGGACACUACCUUAUAACAUGAUGAAAACCACCAGAAUUGUUUGCCCGUUUCUCCUGUCCCUGUUGCUGCUCCACCCUGCUGAGGCAGACCAAGCAUGAAACACCAAGGGUGUGCAACAGAAGACCUGAGGCCAAAAUGACCACCUUUACUUUAAUUCUACUGCUGAAACUGGCAGCAAUCAGCACAGUAAUAUCCGAGCUGCAAACCAACUUCACAGAUGUGACAGCAGUUGAGGUGACCCAAACCAUCCAGCUGGCAACAUUAAAUCUGCUGUCAGAGACUCCAGCUCUUAACACUGCAACUGCCACUUUUGAUAGGAACACACCAGAGGAAACAAGAAGCUAUACUCCUUUACAGCACACAAUUCAAUCAAUGCCUCAGACAGCACCAACACUUACCAGUUCAUCAGGUACAACAAUUGUUAAGUCUAAAGUUUGGAAAUCCACAACAAUGGUUCUAACUAGUCAAACCAGCAAGCAAAUCAACAAUUCAACAGGACCUAUAAUGCUAAGCAACAUUGCACAAAGCCAUGGUACAGGAAGAACACCAACCUCUCAGAUCAAGCUAAAUGAAACGACCUCUUCAUUUAUAUCUACAUUCAAGGUGAUGGCUAUCUUUACAGAAACCACAUCUAUCAAGUCUCAAGUGAAAAUAUCGACAAGUACCAAGCCAGUUCCAGGUGAUGAAGGAGCACACCCCUCAACUUCAGAAACGCCUGCGGUCAAUUACAUCAACAAGGCAAAGAAAAAAGAUUCACAACACGCCAAAGUUGUGGCAGCAAUAAUAGGUGCAGCACUGUCACUGAUGAUUGUAGGAUUUCUGCUCAUCUACAUCCAUAAACAGAGACUUCAGAAGCAGCAGACAACUAUGAACUGGGCAGGUCCUUCCCCAUUUCUAGAGGGGACGGCUAACAAUGGAAAUGUAGUUUUGAGAUCAUCCAACCAUAUUUCCUUCACCAGUUUUCUGCCUCACAGACUUUCAAGGAGAUUCUCUUUGCUUCCCGAAACAAAUGAGAUGAAAGAAAUCACCCUUGGAGCCACAAUAGAAGAAAAACACAAAGGAAGCACAUUUGGUCAAGCUAUAUGAUGCACAAAAAAAAAAGGCCAAAGCAGAUGUUACCGACAUAAAAAGUGGCAGUGAAGCUCGAGAGGCCGCUGUGUUUGUCACACAAACCCCUUUAGUAAACUAACAGUCAUCCUCAGACACAGUCAAUCUAGCAUUUAGAGAGCUGCAAAGUGUUCAGGCAAAAGCAAAAGAUUGCCCUAAGCAGCCAUAAGCACACUUGUAAAUCUCAAAUCAAAUCUAAAAGUUGUAUGCAGCCAGCUGCCUGAGACUCAAUUUUGACCAGCGUGGAAAACUGUUUAACUUUUCUUAACUGGCAUGAUCACAGUCAUUGACCAGAUCAUAAUGCUUGCAUCAGCACUUAACACAGAAACAAAACCUUGUACACUAACAGAUAUAACUGCUGUGUUUUUUUCCUAGUAUUUGCUUAGAGUGUACAACAUGCAGUUAGGUGUCAUUACAUUUCUCUUGCAUCUAACUGAAAAGCAGAAGGAAGUGUUGUAAGAGGAACUAACAGGAAGACUUGCUCAAAAUGCCACAUGCUUAAAUGACUUGCUGGUUUGCUCUCUAUACAGUAAUACUGCAUGCACCAUGGACAAAAGAAAGCUUUGGAACCCUGUCACUUGACCUUACGCAGGCAUGUAAAAAAUGUGCAAGCAGUACAUGACAGAUGCAUGUUCCUUUUAGGAUCCAGAAAACUAAAGGCCAUGGAUAAAUGUGAAGAUGCUGAAGCAUUUAUUCUACAACCACUUUAAAGAUGGCAACAUGAGGUGCUCAGGCCUUGACAAAAAAUAAUACAUAAAUGUGUUUGCAACUGCUAAUUUGCCAUUGGGCAACCAGAAAUGUAUUUCUAUAUUGUGCUUUAAUUUGCAAAUUACACCUUUUCUUUUAACUGAAGACUUUCUAACCCUCUGUGACAAAACUGUUUAAAGUAGUAAUUGAAAACCAACUUAGCCAGCUGUGUUGUAAAAUCAUUGCUCAAUAUGAAUAAACAAGUUAUUCACAUUCUCUAGAUUAGCUUUAGAUAAGGAUGAUGCUUGUAACUGAAUUAGUUAAAAGGCUGAAGCUAGGCAAACUUAAGACAAAAUGUAUGCACUUGAACAAACCAAAAAGCUUUCUGAUAACAGUCAGAGACCAAAAACAAGUAAGGAAAGCUAGUCCAUUCUCUAAUUUCUCUUCAGUGCUUAUGUCACAAUGGCAGGAUAACCUUCUCUGAAACAAUGUAAAAAGAACACAGCAAAUGUUUCAAGAAUAAAGGACUUUGUGUCAGUAAAUAUCUGUUCAUUAAAACAUUUGGUCACAAACCUCA